AUGAAGCGCUGGUCAAUCAUUACAGGAAUCGUUAUAAUAUUCUGCAUAUUAACAUGUAAAGGUCAAGUAGAAAACAAAAAGGUGGAUUUUCGAACAGAAAAAAGAAAGUUUGUGCCUUUAAAUCUAGUACCAGGAGAUGUUGUAGAAUAUUCAUGUCCAUAUAGUUUAAAUAAUGAUAUCCGAAAUAUGAAUGGGGUUGAACGAGAACAUUUCGACAAGAAACAAUUUUGUUUUGAUUAUAUAUUUGUUGGAAGUAAGUUAACAUUUUUAAAAGAAUAUGUUCGUGGUUCUUAUAAUGUGGUACAUAAAGAAGAAGGGAAUUUAUAUACAUCACAAUUUAGUGUUCCUCCUGUUGUUUUAACACAUCGAAAUUUUGAUUGUUUUUGUUAUAUGGAAGAAAAUAAUGUUGUGGUUAAGAAGGUUUUAAGAAUACAUAUAUCAAAUGGUGUUCUUAGGAAAAUACCGGGAUGUGAUUUUAAUGCUGAUUAUAAAGAAUCGACAGCUAUAACUACUUUUAGUAAUAUGAGUCCUCGUCGUGUAAAAGUAUGUGACGUAUAUCCGAAGAGUGGAGAUUUCAUAAGUUUAAUGUGUCCAUCAGAUUAUUCAAUUAAACCUGAUGGUUGUUUUUCAAAUGUAUAUGUAAAAAAAUAUCCUAAUGAAGAAGUGAAAGAAGAAGAUCGUUUUAAUAUGAAUAGAAAAUGGGAUGCAAGUAAAUAUAAUGUUGUGUCUAUAGAAACAGUUCUAAAAAUUAAUAUGAUAACACAAGGUGAUAAAUAUUCUAUAUUUUCAAAAUUACCAGAUGUAAAAAAUCAAGUUGAUUUUACAUGUAUUUGUCAAUCAAAUAAUGAACAAGAUAAUCUAAUGAUGAAUGUUUAUAUGAAUAACAAAUCUCGGAUUACAAAUAAUACAAGAAGUAUUGGAGUUAACAAGCAUUCAUUUUCUAAUUCUGAAAUUUUUGAAAGAAUAGAAAGAGAAGAAAUUUCAUUUGCCUUUUCCUCCUAUUUAUCAAUAACUUUAAUUCUUUUAUUAUAUUUUCUUUACUUUUUAAACUUUUAA